AUGAGUAAGCCAGGGUUAUCAUUUGGCUUGAACUUCGCCAAGAAGCCGGGCGCUUCGAAACCUGCUCCCUCGAAAAGGAAACCAAUGUUUGGCGAUGAUGAUGGAUCAGACGACGAUGCGAACGGUUCAGCCGAUGGCCCCCAAGCUACAGAGAUAUCAGAGCUAGAUGACUUUGCAGCAGUAUCGCCUGGCUAUCAAUCAAAUAAGAAGCCCCCUCCAAAGUUGAAAAAUGGUCUAUCUAGUAAAUCUUCGAACGGCAAGAGCAAAAAGCCCCAGAUUUCAACGUUUGGAGAUCUGUCGAGCUCCUUAGAGUCGCGUAAACACCAACAAGCUGCCGAGGAGUUAGAUCCAUCGAUAUACGACUACGAUGCGGUCUACGAUUCCCUGAAGCCGGAGAAGAAGGCUACACAAGAAGAUAUUGAGCGCAAGCCCAAGUACAUGAAGAACUUGAUAGCGUCUGCUGCCGUACGGAAACGCGACGCCCUAAUUGCCGAAGAGAAGAAGAUCGCGCGAGAACGGGCGGAAGAGGGCGAGGAGUACGCGGAUAAGGAGAAGUUUGUCACGGAAGCAUAUAAGAAACAGCAAGAGGAGAAUAGGCGCAUUGAAGAAGAGGAGCGCAGGCGCGAGGAGGAGGAAGCUAAGAAAAAUAAAGGUGGUGGUAUGACCGCAUUCUACAAGGAUUUACUGGAAAGGGGCGAUAAACGACAUGCCGAAGUUAUCAAAGCGGCGGAAGAGCGCGCAAAAACCGGGCCGAAAGAAGAUGAAGACGUGUCAGAGGAGAAAGUCAAGACGGAUGCAGAUAUGGCAAGAGAAAUCAACGAGAAAGGCGGUAAAAUUGCCAUCAACGAAGAUGGCCAAGUAGUGGAUAAACGUGAGCUGCUAAAGGGAGGUCUCAACCUGGGCGCACCAAAACGACAAGAACCUCGAAAAGAUGCGGGCAAGGGCCCAGAUCGCAGGGACGACAAGGACCAAUCUCGCAACUUUGUCGGUUCCGGCGGCAAGCAAGCGAUGCGCGAAAGGCAAUCUCGCAUGCUCGAGGCGCAAUUGGAGCAAUCUCUUAAGAGAUCUCUAGCCGAGGAGGAAGAGGAGAGGCAAAAGGUCGAACGCGCGUCCAAGAGCCGCAAGACCGAGACCGACGUCUCGAGCGCGCGCGAAAGAUAUCUGGCACGUAAGAGAGAGGCCGAAGAGGCCAAGAAGAAAGCUGCCGCAGAAACGUCGUGA